AUGUUUGACUUGAAGAAGAGAAACAGUUUGACCCUGAAUAACAGCAGCCGGGAGGUGGAAGAGUUUAGACGUGUGGCGGUCCGAAGGAAAGCCAAAGGUGCUGCACCGGAUUCCCACACAGGGAAAUGUGGCUGUGAAGGUUCUUGCGACAAGACCUGCGGAUCGGCGUCUAAAUCCAAACAUGAAGUCAGCAAGACCAGCCCAACCAAGAGAAGCCCUUACAAGCCACAAGUGCCUCCCAAACCUGCGCAUCUCCAGAGUCCAAUGACGACAGGAUCGCCGUCUUCAUCCAGGUUACUCCCACCACGUCAAUUGAAUGAAGAUAAGACUCAAAUCACAGUGACUUGCUGUUACACGUCCCCGAGUUUUCCAAAUGAGGCGUGUGUAAGCCCCGCCAGGCUGUCACCUUCUCAGAAGAUCCCAAAAUUGGCAAGCAGUCCAACGUUGGGGUCCCCGAGUCCGGGCAAGAGAGGCAUACACAAUUGUAGCCCCUUAAAGGAGGGAGGCCACAGCCCUGCCAAGUUGUCCCCGAGAAACCGAAGCCCUCUCUUGGGACUACUGAAGACUCCUAGCCCUAUUCAGGGUAAGAUGGGCAGCUACAGCCCUGCGAGUACCUCCAAAUCCUGGCUCGGUUUGCACAAGAUCCCAAGUGAGAAAAAUUUAGUGCAAGAGAAGCAUGCAGGGAAAUCUUUAAGUGUUCCCAACUUGAUUGUGUACUUAGACGAAAGAACGCCGUCGGAUAAACCAGAACGUAGUAGGUCCCCUGUCAAGGCGCCAGUGGACCUCGGAAUGAACUGCACCGUGGAGGAAGUCUCUCCUCGACGGGAAACCGAUCCAAUCCCAGGGGCCAAGAUCCGUGCAGGAUCUAGGUUCUCCUGCAAAUGGGCCGAGGCUGCUCAUGAGGACAAACGAGAGGAGCGAGUUGAGAAGAUUACAGAGAAAGUAAAGGAGGAGAACACUGAGCAGAAGUUGUUCAAAAUAGCCAAUGAACUUCUACACACAGAGAGGGCCUACGUGGCUCGCCUCCACCUCUUAGACCAGAUUUUCUGUCAGCGCCUAACUGACGAAGCUGGACGUGGCUCCUUUCCAGCCGAAGUGGUGCGAAACAUCUUCUCCAACAUCUCAUCCAUCUACUCCUUCCACAGCCAGUUCCUGCUGCCUGAUCUUGAGGACUGCAUUGCACACUGGCAUGAGUGCCCAGGUUUGGGCAAUGUCCUCCUGCAGCACGCCCCUUUCCUUAGGAUGUACGCCGACUACGUCAGGAACUUUGACCAGGCCAUGGAGCUGGUGAGAAUAUGGACUGAGCGCUCUUCUGCUUUCCGAAACAUCAUUGAGGACAUCCAGAGUCAGGAAGUGUGUGGCAGCCUGACUCUGCAGCAUCACAUGCUGGAACCGGUCCAGAGAAUUCCUCGCUACGAGUUGCUGCUUAGGGAUUACGUAAAGAAAUUACCACCCAGUAACCCAGACUUUGAGUUUGCUCAUAAAUCCCUGCAGACAAUUUCCAUGGCUGCCAACCACUCAAACAGUGCCGUCCACCAAGCUGAGAGCAUCAAGAGGUUGCUGGAGAUCUACGAAAUGGUCGGCGAGGAAGAAGUGGUGAAUCCCACCAACGAAUUUCUCAGAGAGGGUCGUCUGCUCAAGCUGGCCGCGAGAAACACUUCUGCAAUGGAGCGCCACCUUUUUCUGUUCAACAACUUUCUUCUGUGCUGUACGCCAAAGUUCAGCCUGGUUGGCCAGCGCUUUACGGUGCGCUGCCGUAUAGGAGUGGACGGCAUGCAGGUGCAGGAGACUGCAAAUGAGGACCACCCGUACGCCUUCCAGGUGUCGGGAAAGGAGAAAACCCUUGAGCUGCAAGCCAGCUCUGAACAGGACCGAGAUGACUGGAUCAAGGUUAUCCAGGACGCCAUCGACGUAUUCCAAAAGAAAAAUGAGACGUUCAAGUCCGCGUCAAAGGAGCUAAAUGUAGAGGAACCGGCAGAAGAACUUGGUCGACGUGCCCCUCGCUGGAUCCGUGACAACGAAGUGACCUUAUGCAUGAAGUGCCAGGAGCCUUUCAACGCAUUGACCAGACGGCGACAUCACUGUCGGGCUUGUGGCUGUGUGGUGUGCCAUAAGUGCUCCGACAACAAGGUGGCACUGGCAUACGACGGAAACAAGCUGAACAAAGUGUGCAAAUCCUGCUACUCCAUUCUAACGGGACAGAGAGCGGGGAGCACCAAGAGGCCGACAUCUGAGUUGGAGUCUUAUCCAUCUUCCUGUGUCAUCAACGGAUUCCUGCAAUAUGGCGACAAUCCUAAAACAUGGCAGCGGGUCUGGGCUGUCCUUACCAAAACAGAACCUCAGCUUCUCUCUUUGUAUGCUGCUCCACAGGAUAUGAAGCCCCUCUCAAGUAUUCCUCUGCUGGGCUACACCAUCAACGAUCCCUCUAAGGACCAUUACUACUUCAAUUUAAGACAAUCCAAAAUCAACCAUACCUUUACCUGUGACGACACGGACACCAAACAAGCCUGGUUGGCUGCUCUCAAACUAGCCGUGACGGGCUCUGAUGACUGCACCAGUGAAUCCAGCGGGGAAGAAUUAAUUGUUCUUUAG